AGCGAGGAAGAGGUUUUGCUAGCUCCUUCCAUGUGGACAUCCCAGAGACGGCGUGACUUUUUGCACAAUGGCUCUCUGGCAAGCGGCUUUGAAAGAGCAUCAAGUCUCGACCCCGUUUUGUCUUCCCCUGCCCUCAUCCUUCUUUACCCAGCAAAGAAGGAGAGGGGGGGAGUGGGGGGAGGAAGAAGAGCAGGAAAGCUUAUCUUCACUGCGAGGACUCGUUUUUCUCAGCAGGACUGAGAAACAAACAGGAGAAGAACUACUGUGGUGAAAAGACAAAGUGGACGCUGACCCACCUGCUAUUUUCCACUCUGUGUGUGCCUGUUUACACCACGGACGCAGACUUUGUCGAAGACAAGAAACGCAGAAGAGGACUGAUCCGAGCAAGAGCCUGUGGCAGAACCAGCCCUUGGCGGCAAACUGUACAGGAGACUCUUUUUCUGCAUUUUCAAAUGCAAUACCACCGUUUUAGAUUUUUCUAUUUUUUUCGUGUGCUCAGUGUCUCUGGUACAAUCUACUUUAAACUUUUUAAGAAAAGACUGUGUGCAACGUACUCAUUGAUUUUCUCCUAAUUUAUCAUUUUUAUGAUUACGUUUAAAUUUGGUUUGUUC